AUGAUGCGGAGUCGGACGGCGUCUGAGGAGGUGGACUGGGACCUGGAGGAGGGAUAUGCCUCCGACGGCCAGGGCUAUGUGCUGGGCGCCCAGGACGAGAAGUUUGCCAACUUCUCGUCCCUGCCCAUGCGCCCAGACCACCCGAAUAGGCCGCUGUGGGUGUGCCCGGACGGCAGGAUCUUCCUGGAGACCUUCUCCCGCGUCUACAAGCAGGCCUACGACUUCCUCAUCGCCUGCGCCGAGCCGGUCUCCCGCCCCGAGUUCAUCCACGAGUAUGCGCUCACGCCCCACUCCCUGUACGCCGCGGUUUCCAUUGGCCUGGACACGCCCACCAUCGUCGGGGUGCUGGGCCGGCUGUCCAAGUGCGGGCUGCCGGCGGAGGUUCGGGCCUUCAUCGAGGCCAGCACCGAGAACUACGGCAAGGUCAAGCUGGUGCUCCAGCGCAACGCCUUCUUCGUGGAGUCGCCCUACCCCGCCGUCCUGCGCCGCCUACUGCACGACCCCGUCAUCCGCGCGGCGCGCGUCCUGCGCGCCGCCGACGAUUGCUUCGAGGUCAGUGCGGCCGUGCGCGACGCCGCGGCCGCCACCCUGGCCAAGACGGACGUGGAGGCGGGGGGGGAGGAGGCUGAAGAGGGGCGAGGUGGCGGGGAGGCGGCUGGCCCCGAUGGGGCCAGUGCUUCGGCUCGAGGACCUUCCCAAGGCGAGGCUCCUGCCGCGCCGGCCGGCCCCGCCUACCUGAUUGACCCGGUGGAGAUCGACCCCGACCGCGAGUUGCACGCCUUUGAGAUCGAGGCAGCCCAGGUGGAGCACGUGAAGCAGCGGUGCCUGCCCGGCGGGCUGAACUACCCCAUGCUGGAGGAGUACGACUUCCGCGGCGACGUGGCCAACCCCACGCUGAGCAUGGAGCUGCGGCCCCACGUAUCUCACCGCCCCUACCAGGAGAAGUCGCUGGCAAAGAUGUUUGGCAACGGCCGCGCCCGCUCCGGCAUCAUCGUGCUGCCCUGCGGCGCGGGGAAGAGCCUGGUGGGCGUCAGUGCCGCGGCGCGCAUGAAGAAGUCCUGCCUCGUGCUCUGCACCAACGCCGUGUCGGUGGACCAGUGGAAGUACCAGUUCCAGAUGUGGACCUCGCUGCGAGACGACCAGGUGUGCCGCUUCACGUCGGCCAACCACGAGUGGUUUGCCGCGGCCGCGGGCGUCUGUGUGACCACCUACACCAUGGUGGCCUACUCGGGGAGGCGCAGCGAGGAGUCCGAGAACGUGAUGAACGAGAUCAUGAACCGGGAGUGGGGGCUCAUCAUCCUGGACGAGGUGCACGUUGUCCCCGCCCAGAUGUUCCGCAAGGUGAUCGGCAUCGUCAAGGCGCACUGCAAGCUGGGCCUGACGGCGACGCUGGUGCGGGAGGACCACCUCAUCACCGAUCUCAACUUCCUCAUCGGUCCCAAGCUGUACGAGGCCAACUGGCUGGACCUAACCCGGGCGGGGCACAUCGCCAACGUACAGUGCGCGGAGGUGUGGUGCCCCAUGACCCGUGAGUUCUACCGCGAGUAUCUGCGCCCGGGCACGCCCGUCACCCAGCGCCAGCUGCUCUACGUCAUGAACCCCUCCAAGCUCCAGGCCUGCCAGUUCCUCGUCCAGUACCACGAACGGCGGGGCGACAAGGUCAUCGUGUUCAGUGACAACAUCUACGCGCUGCGCGAAUACGCGGUGCGCAUGAAGCGCCCCUUCAUCUACGGCGCCACGGGGCACCAGGAGCGCACCCGCAUCCUGCACGCCUUCAAGCACAACCCGGAGGUGAACACCGUCUUCCUGUCCAAGGUGGGGGACAACUCGCUGGACAUCCCCGAGGCCAACGUCCUGGUCCAAAUCUCCAGCCACGCGGGGUCCAGGCGCCAGGAGGCCCAGCGCCUGGGCCGCAUCCUGCGCAAGAAGAAGGCGCGGCUGGGGGUGGGGGAGGCCGAGGAGUUUGACGCCUUCUUCUACACCCUCGAGGUCUACUUUACCAGCAAGCGGCAGCAGUUCCUGGUGGACCAGGGCUACAGCUACAAGGUCAUCCCCUCCCUCCUGGAGAACGCAGGUGGUGAGGAGGGGCUGCUGCUCAGCUCUCUGGACGAGCAGCUGGAUGUGCUGGCCGCCAUCCUGGCUGCCAACGAGACCGACAUCGGCGACGAGAACCUGGCCGAGGUGGACGGCGUGCCUUUGAGGAAAUCCGGGGCGGCGAGAAGAACGGCUGGCAACAUGGCCGCCCUGUCUGGCGCUGCGGGUAUGCGCUACAUGGAGUUCGCGGCGGGGGCCGGGCGACCCAGACCGGCCCUGAAACAGGGCCAGGGUCGGCUGGCCAAGCUGCGCAAGAAAGGGUAG